CUGGAAGCUCGUAUUUACAUUUUAAGUGUAUCUGGUGAGUGGGCUGGAUCCCUCGUCUGGGCCGAAAAAAAAAAAAAAAAAAAAAAAAAAAGCCUGCGAUCCGUCUUUGAGUUGCUUCCCUUCCUUUUUCUCUCCGGUUUCUCAUCACUCCAAAAAGCCGCGACCAUGCCCAGGAAGAAGGCGGCGGCGGCGGCGGCCUGGGAAGAGCCGAGCUCGGGCAACGGCACGGCCCGCGCCGGGCCCAGGAAGCGCGGCGGCCCGGCGGGGAGGAAGCGCGAGCGGCCCGAGCGUUGCAGCAGCAGCAGCGGCGGCGGCAGCAGCGGCGACGAGGACGGCCUGGAGCUCGACGGGGCCCCCGGCGGGGGCAAGCGCGCGGCGCGGCCGGCAGCGGGCAAGGCGGGCGGCGCGGCCAUGGUCAUCACCGAGCCCGAACACACCAAGGAGCGCGUGAAACUUGAAGGGUCUAAGUGCAAAGGGCAGCUUUUGAUUUUUGGGGCAACCAACUGGGACUUGAUUGGUCGAAAAGAAGUGCCUAAACAACAAGCUGCUUACCGCAAUCUCGGUCAGAAUCUGUGGGGGCCCCACAGAUAUGGGUGCCUGUCGGGGGUCCGGGUGCGGACAGUGGUUUCGGGUUCGUGCGCUGCCCACAGCCUCCUCAUCACCACGGAGGGGAAGCUAUGGAGCUGGGGUCGGAAUGAGAAGGGGCAGCUGGGACAUGGUGACACCAAGAGAGUUGAAGCCCCCAAACCCAUUGAAGGUCUCAGCCAUGAACUGAUCGUGUCUGCAGCAUGUGGGCGGAACCACACCCUGGCCUUGACAGAAACGGGCUCUGUGUUUGCAUUUGGGGAGAACAAGAUGGGGCAGCUGGGCCUGGGCAAUCAGACGGAUGCCGUCCCCAGCCCCGCACAGAUAAUGUACAACGGCCAGCCAAUUACCAAAAUGGCCUGUGGGGCUGAAUUCAGUAUGAUAAUGGACUGCAAAGGAAACCUCUAUUCCUUUGGGUGCCCUGAAUAUGGUCAGCUGGGACACAACUCAGACGGCAAGUUCAUUGCCCGGGCACAGCGGAUAGAGUACGACUGUGAGCUGGUGCCCCGGCGGGUGGCCAUCUUCAUCGAGAAGACGAAAGAUGGGCAGAUUUUGCCAGUACCAAACGUGGUUGUGCGAGAUGUGGCCUGUGGCGCUAACCAUACGCUGGUCUUAGACUCCCAGAAGCGCGUCUUCUCGUGGGGCUUUGGUGGCUAUGGCCGGCUGGGCCACGCGGAACAGAAGGACGAGAUGGUGCCACGCCUGGUGAAGCUGUUUGACUUCCCUGGACGUGGGGCCUCCCAGAUCUAUGCUGGUUACACCUGCUCCUUUGCUGUCAGCGAAGUGGGUGGUCUUUUUUUCUGGGGGGCCACCAACACCUCCCGUGAGUCUACCAUGUACCCGAAAGCAGUGCAGGACCUCUGUGGCUGGAGAAUCCGGAGCCUGGCUUGUGGGAAGAGCAGCAUCAUCGUGGCUGCGGAUGAGAGCACUAUCAGCUGGGGCCCGUCACCGACCUUCGGGGAACUGGGCUACGGGGACCACAAGCCCAAGUCUUCCACUGCAGCCCAAGAGGUGAAGACUCUGGAUGGCAUCUUCUCAGAACAGGUUGCCAUGGGCUACUCACACUCCUUGGUGGUAGCGAGAGAUGAGAGUGAGACCGAGAAAGAGAAGAUCAAGAAACUGCCAGAGUACAACCCCCGGACCCUCUGAUGCUCCUGGAGACGCCUCCACCUCUCCACCUCUCGCGGCAGCUGUCAUUUCCGUGUGCACUGGGACGUGAAGUCAAAUGAGGAAUUUAAAGAAGCAAAAGUUAACCGGAGGUGCAUUUUUGUUAGACUCCCUGAGGUUCCGUUUUAUAAGUGAAUUCAACGUUAACUACCUUUUUCUGUAUGCUUUCCAAAGUGUUUUUUUCCCCCUCUUCAUGUUUGAUUAAAAUAUUUGCUCAUAGUUGACUUACCAUUCCUACAAAAGAGGCAGAAACUUUGAGCAAUCUAAGGGUUUUUUUCUUAACUUGUUUUUCAUUUUUCAUGCUAAGUACACUUUGCAAAAAACAUCCCUUUCCAGUUGUAAUUAGCAUUGUGAUCCGAGUGGGUGCUCCAUGGGAGAGGAACUGCCAUGUACUCUGAAAAUUGUCCCCUACGGGAACCAGCAGCAUCUGGAUAAAGACGGUCCCUGGUGGUCAGUCUCCAUCCAAAAUCACGCUUGUGUGCUUUGGAAGCAUCUGGGUCACUCCUUGCCUGCUUUUUCUUGCAGACUGGCUGAAGCCGGUGUUUGUCCUGUUUCUCCCCGUGGCUGCUUGUAAGCCCCACAGCCUUUUGGCUGCGACAUUAAUAGAAUCUGCCGUAUCCCCCCUGGUGGGGGCUUUGGGGUCUAUGAUUAGCCAUUUAUAUCUGCUUUAUCUGUAAAAGGAGUCCAAAUGAAAAUCAGGUGAUGAUGGAACCAUGGGGACUUGGGGGGUGGGGCAGAGAUGGGGAACAUUUGUAUCUGUCUAAAGGUUCGGCUUUAUGGCUCCCUGUGGAGCCAGGGCCUGUUGUCACUAGCACUCGCCAAUUAGAGAUUGAUCAGCCAACAGUCAAAAGUGCAUUCUCCAGGCCCGGCAAAGAAGGAUCAGCCCUUUGUCGUACCAGCCGUGUGGCCUUUGUGCUUCUGUCUUUCUCUCCCCCAGCUGGAUCCUGCCUGGAACAGGCUGUCCUGUUUCUGAGACUCGGGGUACCGUUCUGCUAGCCCAGCUCCUUUAGUCGCAUUUGCUUGGCCCUGGUACCAAAUAGUUGGGAUUGCUGAAGAAGUUCCCCGUUCCUGUGUGUCAGCGUGGAUGCUGACUGCCACCCGCUCGCUCCCCUGGCAAGUGCCCUCUGCCCGAGCUCGUCACCAGUGCUGCUGAGCGCUGCGUGAGUUACGAGGUGCCUUUCCCAGAACCCUCCUCUUACUUGGACCCAAGAGAGGCGACAGCUCUGGCUGGGGCUCUUGGUUUCCAGAGGGUCUGGACUGGUUUGGGUGCUUUAAAAUAGAUUUUUAGUUCAGUGGUGCUUAUGGGGGAGAUGGGGAUAGAACUUAAGUGUGACACUUGGGUGGUUGGGAAAGUUAAAUAUUGGCCUUUAAUUUUCCUUUUUUUUUUUUUUUUGCUUUUGCUGUUGUUACCACUUGUCAUUGUCUUGAUGUUAAAAUGCCAAAAACGAUCUAGUCGUUGCUUUUUCCCCUGUCUUCCCAUGUCAGUCACUUCUUAGAGUGACUCCUGCCAUUGUGGGGCAUGUGACAGUAUCUGUGUGGCCAGUCCCAAAGCCUUGUGGAAGGAGACUGGCCUGCAUCUUGUAAGACUCAGUCUGAUUUCAUGCUCAUCUCUACUGUCCUGUGUUCAAUCAGUUAGUCUAGGGGAGAAGCUUCUACAACUUCAGAGCUUCUGCUAAACUUACCUGAUUUGCCCAAAUCACUCCAAAACCACCAUCUCUGACUCAAGCUUCCAUGUGUAGAACCUAAUGUUUCCCUGGACAAGUCUCUUUCCUGGAGUGUGGCCCAGGCAUCUGUGCUCCUGGUAGCCUGAGGUCUCCCUUGAGUCAUAUGGUCACGAGAGGGUUGAGGAAGCACUUAACUGGGGCCAGCUUUUUGUAGUAGCUGCCCUUGGCUGAGCUUGGCUCGGAUCUUCCAGUGGACUAACCUGAAACCGGCAACCAGCCUUUUCUGGAGUCAUCUUCCAAGGGAAGACUGCCCUGUUCCCUCCCAUACUCACUCCUUUUGGCUUAGAAUUUAAAAAUGAACCUAAUGGGGGGAAAUCCUUUAGAACAAGUGUUGAGCCAGUGUGGGAGGGCGUCCUGCACUCCUAGAGAAAGGUACAAAGUGACUGGGCUGGGAAUGUACUGUUCAGUGACCCUGUGGGCGUCAGGCAAGUCUUCCAGCUCAGGAAGGAGAAUUGGAAGGAAAUGGCUUCGGGUGAAGGGGAAUCGAAGAGGAGGUGGUGAUUUGGUUGAAGGUGCCUGGUUAGUGCUGUAAUUGUCUUUUUUUUUUUUUUAUAUAUAUAUAUAUAUCUAUAUAUAUAUAUUUCUUGGAGUAAACAUUUUAAA